UGAGCUCACACGGACUCACAGCAGCACACGAACACGUCGUCGCGAGGGAAGACAUGGGCUCCUGCGUCUCGCGCUCGCCGGCGUCGGGCUCCGGGCGGGCGGUGACCACGGCGAAGGUGGUUGGCCUGGACGGCUCCAUGACGCAGUACGCGGCGCCAGUCACGGCGCGCGACGCACUGGGGGAUGACAAGAGCGGCCAAGGCGCCUUGGUCUUCCUAUGCAGCUCCGACGAGCUCAGCUUCGACACACCCCCGCGCGCGCUGGCGGACGAGGAGGCGCUGCAGCCCGGGUGGCUCUACUUCGUGCUCCCCGUCUCCAUGCUCCGCCUCGCGCUCUCCGGGCACGAGAUGGCCGCCCUCGCCGUCAGGGCCAGCUCCGCGCUCGCCAUCGUCAGCGGCGUUGCGUCUCCUCCGAGGCGCAAGAAUAUGACAGGCACCAACGGAAUGCAACGAAAAACGGCUCGAGUGGCGCCGCUCAUUCUUGCCCCCAACAACGACGAGGACGCCGAACUAGCAGACAGUGGAUCGAGCGUGCACUCAUACGGCAAAUACGGUGCAGCGCAAAAGACGGUGCGCGGCGGCGACGAUAUGACGGCCGGAAAGACGAGGAAGCGAGCAGGCUACAGAAGCCGCAGCGCUCGUCAUCGUCGUCAUGCAGAAGACGUGCCGAGGUUAAGCGCCAUUCUGGAAGACGAUGACUUCUGA